UUCAGUUAAUUACAGAAGAAUCUUUAUUUUCAGUCAAUAAUAAUGCUGACAAGGAUACUGUUUCUCGUGAUGAAACUAAUAAAUCUAAAUGUACCAUUAAAACCACAAAGAAUUUUCACACACUUUCUAAAAUUGUAAAUACUGAAGAGCUGACGAAACAAAAUCAAAAUAAGUUACAUGAAAAAAUAAGUACUGAAUUAGUACGAGAUGAAUCUUCUAAUGUUACGUUGCCAGAAUACAAUCUAUAUAAUGAUGUACUUAUUCCAUCUGAAACGAAUACUAAUAAUUCUACAUUAGAAUACAGUCUUGAUCAAAUAAUUUCAAUUGACGAACUGAAUCAUUUAGACGUAUCUUUAGAUAGAAUAGUAAAUUGGAAUACAGACGAAAUUAAUAUGCUUAAUGAUAAUCUUGAUGACUCAUGCAGUUACAACAAUAGUGAUAAUAUGGAAACUCAGGAUAAUAAUAGAAAUGAAGUAAAUAAUAAUAGUACAUAUGAAGCAAACCUGAUGCAAGAUACUAAUAAGAACUUGAAACUGUUUCAUAAAGCAUCUUCUAAUGUAAAUCAUUCUCCUGAUAGUAGCAGUGACUGUAGCAAUGAUAAUAUAGAUACAGAUCCUGAUUAUUGCUAUUCAGAUUUAGAAGAUUCUGAUGAGGAGAAUAAUAUGUCUGUACAAUCAUGUCCAAUAGAAUCUAAUAACGUUACAGGAAGUAUAGAAACUUCAUUAAAUGUUUCUGGACAAAAAAUCUGUGAUGAUACAAAUUUACAAGUUAAAUGUUCAAAUCCUAAAGGUACAGGAAAACAAAAUUUUUGUUAUUAUUGCAAGAAAAUGCAAUCAAAGAUAAGUAGGCAUCUAGAACGGGUGCAUAAAAAUGAAGAAGAAGUAAAAAAAUUUGCUGCAUUACCGAAAGGUAAUAAAGAAAGGCAGAAGAUUAUUGGACUUCUCAGACGAAGAGGAAAUUAUUUGUUCAACACAGAUCCUGCAUAUAAUAAGGGAGAGCUUAUAGUUUGUAGAAGACCAGCAGAAUCAAGAAAAAAAACUGCAUGUGAUUUUAUAUGUUGCGCUGGAUGUAAAGGCUUUUUUACCAAAAAUAAUAUACGUCAUCAUUUUAAAGAGUGCACUCAGAAAACUGUUGGCAGAUGUGUCAAAGUACUUGGCAGAAAAGUCCAAGGCCGAAUUCAUGAAUGUGCAAAUUCUAUUUUGAGAAAUGUUGUAUUUCCAGUAUUAAGAGAGGAUGAUAUUACUAGAUUAAUUAGAUAUGAUGAAUUAUUAAUUACUUACGGCAAUAAAUUAUGUUUGAAAUACAAGCAUCAACACCAACAAGAUAUGAUAAGAUCUCGUUUAAGAUUAUUAGGAAGAUUUUUACAAAUCCUCAAAAGGAUUAAUAAGAAUGUAACAGAUUUUUACAGUAUUUAUCAUCCAUCGAUAUAUGAUGAUUGUAUUACAGCUGUAAAUCAAGUAGCAGGUUUUAAUACAAGCACAAAAAUUUAUGCAGCUCCUUCUGUUGCAUCAAGAAUUGGCACACUUAUAAAACAAAUAGGAAAUAUGGGUAUUGCUGAAUGUAUAAAAAAAAAUAAAUUGCAAGCCAAAGUUGAUAUAGAAAACUUUUUAAAGUUACUUCAAGAAGAUUUUAGUGUGUCUGUUAAUAAAACUGUUGAAGAAUCCAUAUUACAAGCUAAGCGCUAUAAAGUACAGGAUUUACCUUCAUUAGAAGAUAUAAAAUUAUUACACAAUUUCCUACAAAUUAAUAGACGCUCGGCAUUUCAACGACUCAGUGAGACAUUUACAUACAAUAAUUGGCGACAGCUAGCACAAUUUACCUUGAUAUCCGUUCAAGUGUUCAAUAGGCGAAGAGCCGGAGAAAUAGAACGUAUAUCUAUUGAUGAUUACAAACAUCAGGAAGAUAUAAAUGAGCGAACGAAUCCAGAUUUAUAUGAAUCUUUAUCGCCUGAAGCUCAAAAGAUUGCCAAUAAAUAUGUAAGAUUUCUCAUUAGAGGAAAAUUAGGAAGAUCUGUACCUGUCCUUUUGGAUAGUGAAAUGAAAAGCUCUAUAGAUUUGCUCUUACAGUAUCGUAAGGAAGCAAACAUACCCAAAAAAAAUCCAUAUAUCUUUGCUUUACCAGGUUAUGAUAAAAAUCGAUUUAAAUAUAUAAGAGCAUGUGAUUUAUUACGCACAUAUUCCUUAGACUGUGGAGCAAGUAUGCCUCUUAGAUUACGAGGUACAAAGCUUCGCAAACAUAUUGCAACUAGAUGCAUUACAUUGAAUUUGUCAGACCCUGACAUAACACAAUUAGCCGAUUAUCUAGGCCAUGAUAAAAGUAUUCACAUGCAACAUUAUCGUCAGUCCAUUCCACAACUUGAAAUAGUUAAAAUGUCUCGAUUACUUAAAAUAGCGCAGGGUGAAGAAUAUGAUUUUGAAGAUGAUAUUCAACAAAAUGACUUUCACAUUAAUACAGAUAAAGAUAAUUUUACUGUCAAUAAAACACUUCAAGUGGACAAUGACAGUGAUUCAGAUUCAGAUACAAAUUUAAUUUGUAAUACUACAAAUAAAAGAAAAAAACGUAGUAGUAAGUAUAUAUGA